AUGAGCGUCCGAGUCCCUGUGUACAAGAACGUCUGUAUCGCACCUGGCGUCUCCAACUCCGUAGUCUGGCUGAUUGGAGUUCCGGCUACAGGCGAGGGUCGUCUGGAGACCUACUCUAUCGAUCUCUCCAACAUCAAUGCGCCCACCGCCAGAUUCGUCGCCAACCAAACCAGCCCCCUGCACUGGAGCGCCACCUCCCAAAGGGCCUGCUUCAGUUAUCCAGGGGAUAGUACCAAUCCCAACAGUCCCAUCCUCAUGUACCAGUUCAGCCCAAUGACCUACUUCACCAACGUCUAUCCGAACGGCACAGUGGAUAGCCCUAUUAACUUUCCGAACGUGGGCAUGGUCUCGAACAAAUUAUUCAGUCAUACUGGUGCUGUCGAGAACCUAAACUGGUUCACAGGCAUGACAAAUGUGACUGAUAUCGCGACCAACUCUGCCUGGACCGGGCUGCGGAUUAAUGCAACGUCGGUUGUGGACAGUUCUCGUGAUUUCCUCAUUUCCCAGUACCCGACCCCAAACCCUUUGCUAUCUGUCGGUGCCUACAUCUCCGCGUCCAACACUCCGGCCCAGGGAUACCACAUCGUCUUUGACAAGAAUGGAGGCGGAGCGAUCUACACAGCCUCAGGUUCGGUAGCACCAAUCUUGUCGGACCAGGACCGCGUUCUCACUCUGGCCAAUCCCCAGAGCGUGGAUAUGGGUGGAUAUGCACUAUCAGUCAAUGCCAUCCCACUUACCAUGGCUUCUGUCGCAUAUAUCCUGGACCAGGCUUCCGAUAAUUCUACAGCUAUAUACUACAUCGAUCCCUCCCAGUCCCCGAAGCUACAACGGGCCUCUGUCCAAGGCGAUAGCCUUCCCUUUGUUUCUGAUUUUGCCGCCACAACCUUGAACACCCAAAUCGUGGUGUACUCGGCCACAACCGUGGCGACAUUUAACACCUUUGACACAGUUGCAAAAACCUGGGGCGGACCCGGCUUGAUGCCUUCUAAGCCCUCACCUUCACUCAGUGGCCUUUCCAAGCUAGCCCUAACGAAUGAUAGCUCGGACCCUAGCAAGGCUCCAGUGGACGCCAUCAUUGGAGGCGCUGUUGUUGGAUUGGUUCCCAUUGCACUUGUUGCAUUCCUCGUCAUUCGACACCGCCGCAAGUCCACUAAUGCCGCCGUCGCCUCUGCUUCAGCUGCUUCAGCCGGAGCUGCGCCUGUAGUUACAACUAAUUACCCUGGAAAGGGCGGGGACUACGAAUACCCCAUGCAACAGAACUAUCAGCAGCAAACACAGCCGCAGUUUAUCCAGCCUCAGUAUCCGCAACAGCAGCAGCAACAAUUCAAUCCUCACCAUUCGUAUAAUCCACAAUACUAUGCAGUCGAUCCUAACCAACAACCGCAGCAGAGCCCUGUGAUCUUCCAAUCCCAGUCGUACGAGCAGAAGCAGCAACCGGCCUACAACUACACGCCUCCUACCAUUUUCCAACCCCAGUCAGUUGUUGGUAGCAAUGCCUCUUACAGUCAGGCCAUUUACACGCCCACUGGAAGCGCUGACACACUUCAGUCACCCUAUGAUCCUACCACUCGAGUCCACGCCUCUACUGAUGCACCUUCCAAUCCCCAGUACGUGCCGCCCACUGGAAGUGCUGCCACACCUCAGUCACCCCAUGAUCCUGCCACUCAAUUCCACACUUCUACUGAUGCACCUUCCAAUCCCCAGUACGUGCCACCCCUGAAGGCUCAAAGCUACAUCUCUUAG